UCCUCCGGGUCUGCAGCUCCCCGUCCCAGAUGGACAGGGUGUGCGCCGUGUUCGGAGGCUCCCGGGGCAUCGGCAGGGCGGUGGCCCGCUUGAUGGCCCAGAGAGGCUACCGACUGGCCAUCGUCGCCCGGAAUCUGCAGGGGGCCAGAGCCGUGGCCGGGGACCUGGGCGGAGAUCAUUUGGCAUUGAGCUGUGAUGUUGCCAAAGAACAUGAUGUUCAAAAUACAUUUGAAGAGAUAGAGAAGAACUUAGGUCGAGUUAAUUUCUUGGUAAAUGCAGCUGGAAUUAACAGGUUGGUCACAAGGGAUAACCUCUUAGUAAGGACAAAUGCCGAAGACAUGCUGUCUCAGCUUCAUACUAACCUCUGGGGCUCCAUGCUGACCUGUAGAGCUGCCAUGAAGACCAUGAUCAAACAGCAGGCAGGGUCCAUUGUGAAUGUGGGAAGCGUUGCAGGUGUAAAAGGCAGUUCUGGCCAGUCCGUGUACAGCGCCAGUAAAGGCGGGCUAGUUGCGUUCUCACGCUCUCUUGCUAAAGAAGUAGCAAGAAAGAAAAUUAGAGUGAAUGUAGUUGCGCCAGGAUUUGUUCAUACAGAUAUGACGAAAGACUUGAAAGAAGAACAUUUAAAGAAAAACAUCCCUCUUGGGAGGUUUGGAGACCCCCUUGAUGUGGCCCAUGCAGUUGUGUUUCUUUUGGAGUCUCCAUACAUUACAGGGCACGUCCUGGUGGUGGACGGAGGCUUGCAGCUCACCAUGUAGCCAACUGAUAUGGCUAUUAUUAGAGUCAAGGGCACACAGUGUUAUACCUGCAUUCGCUAAUCAAACCUACUGAUGCUACAAAUGUUGAUUUCCAUCUUUAUAUGAAUAUGUCUGUAGAGGACAGUAUGUGACCAGCUGUGCUUUCUAAAUGACACGUACCUUCCAGGCUGCAGCAGUGUUAGUGUGUAGUCACCCUCGGUACCCACAGGGAUCUGCCCUAGGAGCCCCCGAGUCUUCAGAUGCUCCAGUCCCUUACAUACCGCAGCCUCCAUAGUAUUUGCAUAUAAC